AUGUCCACAUUCUGCCUGGACCUGCAGACUGUGGUUUCAGCACCACUGGAGCUGGACAGCGACUGCAUGGAGCCCCGGGCUGUCGGAGCUCAGGAGCCCGGCUUCCAGGGUCUCCCUCUGCGGCACGCCGGCUCCGGAGGCCUCGGCAUGGCCUUGGAGGAGGAACUGGCCAUGCUGGCCGGGGAGCAGGGCGACCAGGAGGAGCUGCCCGACCCAGAGACGCCUGCGCUGGGGCACAACGCAGACCUGCUGUCGCUCUUCCGUCAGAAGGAGAAAGACUUGGUUUUAGCUGCUAAACUCGGCAAAGCACUGCUGGAGAGAAACCAAGACUUGACCAAGCAAUAUGAGAAAAUGCACAAAGAUCUCAACGACAAAUUGGAGCACUUGGAGCAGGAGAAGCACGAGCUGCGUCGGCGUCUGGAGAGUCGAGAGGGGGAGUGGGAGGGUCGCGUGGCGGAGCUGGAGACGGACGUCCAGCAGCUGCAGGGAGAGCUGGAGCUGCACCAGCUGCAGCUGAGGGAGACCGACCGGGACAAGGGCAAGGCCAUCAGAGAGCUGUCCGAACAGAACCACCGACUGCUGGAGCAACUCAGCAGGGCUGCAGACGUGGAGAGGCAGCUGUCCACUCAGGUGAACUCUUUACGGGACGACUUCAGGGAGAAAAGCCUAUCCACCAGUCAGCACAUGACCCGACUAGAGACUCUACAGGCAGAGCAAGGGCUAGAAAUUAAGAUGCUGUCGGAGAGGAAGAUGGAGCUGGAGCACCGGCUGCACGCCAUGCUGGAGGAGAACGAGCUGCUGCAGACCUCAGUGGACGACCUGAGGGAGAGGACGCUGCUGCUGGAGAGGCAGAGCCACGACAAGGACCUGCAGCUGCGUCAGAGCCAUGCGCAGCUGCAGGAGGCGCAGCUGUCCCACCGGCAGCUGAGCGCCCGGCUGCAGGAGCUGACGGAGGAGCAGAGCCUCCUGCCUCCCUCCUCCAGCCUGCUGUGUGAGAUCGAGCAGAGCAUGGAGCAGGAGGAGCAGGAGCAGGAGAGGGAGCAGCUGCGCCUCCAGCUGUGGGAGGCGUACUGCGAGGUGCGCUCGCUCUGCUCUCACCUGCGGGGGAACGACGUCACCGACUCGGCGCUGUCCACCGACUCCUCCAUGGACGAGUCCUCGGAGACGUCCUCAGCCAAAGACGUGCCCACAGGAAGUCUCCACACCGGACUGCUGGAGCUCCGGAGACUCACCCAGAACCUGCUGGACGGAAACGAGUCCACGGGCUCGCGGCGCAGCGACGAGGAGGCUCUGGAGGAGGUGAGAAGGCUAGGGGAGGAGCUGAGAGAGGUGAGAGAUCUGUACGAGGAGGAGCAGCACAAAACCCACAGCAACCAGGAGGAGGUGCUGCAGCUGCACAACCAGGUGGCGCUGCUCUCUGUAGAGAUGCACUCUUUACGGGAGGACAACGAGCGGAUCAGGGCGAUGUCUGAAGUCCGGGAGCCGAGCGAGCAGCUGCAGACCGCCAUCAGAGACCGGGACGACGCCAUUGCCAAGAAAAAGGCGGUGGAGAUGGAGCUGGCGAAGUGUAAGAUCGACAUCAUGUCUCUGAACAGUCAGCUGCUGGACGCUAUCCAGCAGAAACUCAACCUGUCGCAGCAGCUGGAGGCCUGGCAGGACGACAUGCACCGAGUGAUCGACCAGCAGCUGAUGGACAAGUAUCAGGACGAGUGGCGCCCGGCACCCCCCUCGGUGUCGGGGCCCUCGAGGGCCUCCGAGGCCCCGACGUCCAGACGAGCCCAUCGCUUCUCCGACAGGGACAGGAGACUUUUCUCUUUUUUCAAAAAGAGCUGAAUGGGGGAGGACAAAAAGACGGGGAGAGGGAGACGCAGGAAGUGACAUCACAGGGGUAACAACACAGCCAAAGACGGGCAGUGGCACACUGAGGUUUAUUAGGGGAGGGAGAGGGGGUCAUUUUGCACUUUAUCUGUCCCAUUACCAUAGAGAGGUGCAGGUUUGUAGUCCGACCCUGAAGGCAGCAUCUCCCUGGGUCCCUCGUUAAGAAGCCAAUGAGAUUUCCUCCAUGUGGUUUUGGAUUAAUGCUAACGCUAGGCUAUCACAUGACUUCACGUCCCCACCGCUAAGCUAAAGGCGGCUAAUGUUGGGCUAUAAAGGAACUACAGCACGGUCACAUGACUUCACGUCACCACCGCUAAGCUAAAGGAGGCUAAUGUUGGGUGUGAGGAAAACCUCUUCCUCUCGUGGUAACCACAGACCAUAUUUCAGGCUUUCAACCAAAAUCACAUUCAUAAAACCAUUGACUCUCAGAGGAGGGACCAGGGAGUGUUAAGUUGCUGACUCAUUCCCGGGUUUGAGGAUUCAUUCCUGCACUGAGAAAGGAAGGACAGCACUUCCCCAGAGGGUCGGCUGCAGCCCCUCGUUUAGAAAGGUUUACCUCCAGAGAGAAGGUUUCCUCUUAGUGCCUCGAACAUCUCUACUGCCAACUCUGCAGA